AAAGAGAAAGGCAGUAAGCCCUUUUGUGUUCUAAGCCUUGUAAUUUAGUUAUUUAUUUAUUUUUAUCCUCCUUUCUUCUUCUUUAAUUAGUUAACCUCUCUACCUUUCACUUUUUUCUUCAUUUUUUCUACAACAUUAUUGUCAUAAAUUUGUUUUUUACUAUUUACUAAUUUCAAAUGAAGAAACUUUGUGCAAAUGUUGACAGAGAUGAUGCCCUUGAGACAGUUCUUGAGGUCCCAAUACCAGAAGAAAUGUACAAUAGUAUGGGAAGCAAUAAGACCUUGCGUUGGCAUAACAUGCUUGCAUGGAUGAAGGCUCAAACAUCUGAUAAAUGGUCACAACCGGUGAUUGCAGCCCGCAUUAACGAGCUUCGUUUUCUUCUUUACAUGGUUGGAUCUCCUCUUAUUCCUCUUCAGGUGCAAGUUGGUCAUUCUGUUCACAAGCCUGUUAAAGAUUGUUCAAUUCAAGCUUCGACAGCGAAAUAUAUAGUACAACAAUAUAUAGCAGCAACGGGAGGACAAGCAGCGUUAAAUGCAGUGCAUAGCAUGUGCGUAAUAGGAGAGGUGAAAAUUAGUACAUCAGAAUUUCAUCAGAGUGACCAGACUAUAAAAGUAAAAAGCGGCGGGGAGAUUGGAGGGUUCGUGCUUUGGCAAAAAGAUCCUGAUUUGUGGAUUCUAGAGCUUGUUGUUUCUGGAUGCAAAGUCAUUUGUGGAAGCAAUGGCAAGGUUUCUUGGAGGCAUUCUUCCAAUCAACAAGGACCUAUUUCUAAUGGUCCGCCUAGACCCUUGCGUCGUUUCCUGCAGGGCUUGGAUCCAAGAUCCACUGCAAAUUUAUUUAUAGAUGCCACAUGUAUUGGGGAGAAAAUCAUCAACGAUGAGGAUUGCUUUAUUCUAAAGCUUGAGACGAGUCCUGCCAUUAGAGAAGCUCAAAGAGGACCAAACUAUGAGAUAAUUCACCAUACAAUAUGGGGAUAUUUUAGCCAAAGAUCAGGCCUUUUGAUUCAAUUUGAAGACUCAAGGCUUAUAGGUAUGAGAACUAAAGAUGAUGAUGAUGUGUUCUGGGAAACUAGCACAGAAUCUGUAAUGGAGGAUUACAAGUAUGUUGACGGAGUUAACAUUGCACAUAGUGGAAAGACUCGAGUUUCUAUUUUUAGAUAUGGAGAGCAGUCUGCUAAUCACAAGAGGCAAAUGGAGGAGAAAUGGAAGAUUGAAGAUGUAGAUUUCAAUGUUUGGGGUUUGUCAAAAGAACAUUUUCUACCUCCUUCUGAUCACAUUAAGUUUGGUAAGAAAUAGAUAGUUAUAUUAAUAUUAUUGAGCAAGACGAGAGAUAAUGUGCAUGUUGCUUUUGGAGGACAUGAUUCAGUCAAAAAGUUUUGUAAAUACUAUGUAUUAGCCAAAUUAAUGGAAAACAAGAACAAAAGAGUAUUUCUUUUC